UAAAAUGCCGUUAAUAAAAAACACUGGCUGUUUGGUUUGGUAUGUAUCCGCUUUAGUUGGAUGAUUAGCCAUUUUGCUUUUUGCUAAGAAGCCGGUCACCUGAAACCCCGCAUCUACCUCUACUCCAGUGUCUUCAUAGUUUAAAAACAACAUUUUAGAAGUUUUUUCGAAUAGAAUUUACGAUUUUGAAGUAAGAAGAAAUACGGAAAGUACGUGAAGUUUGCACUGUGAACGUUGUUUUCAACGCUUAACCUUUUUCUUUGUAUAGAAAUUAUACGAUGUCUACAUCUGUGAAAAGGAAGAGAGCCCCUUCUAAGAAGGCAGGUGGUAAGAAAAAUAAAAAAAACUUAGAUAUGGAUUCCGAUUUAAGUGAUGGUAGUGGUAACGAAAAUAACGUUCAACCCGAUGAAGUUCUUAUUGCUGGACAUGGAGACGUAGAUGAAACUCCUUUACCCAAGGAAUUAUUAAACACUAUAAUUAAACCCGCUGGUCAAUUAGUUUUCUUUGGCAAUAUUAAUUGGGAUACCAUGGGUAAAAGAGAAGUUAAAGGUCAGAAAGUGUUACCUAUGCUAUAUUGGCCCCACAGGUUUACUGAUCUAAGGAUUCGAUUAGUAGUAAGUGGUUGUGUAGCUGGACACUCUGUCCUGGUUACAGAGGAAGGUAAGGCAAUGACGUUUGGGAGGAACCCUCAUGGUCAAUUAGGAUUGGAUGAUACCAACACAAGAACGACACCUACAAUGGUACCUAGUUUGGAGAACAUGAAUAUCAUUGGGGCUGCAUGUGGAAGACACCACACAUUAUUUUUAACAGACGGAGGGACAGUAUAUGCUUGUGGGGACAAUAGAUCAGGGCAGUGUGGUAUAGGAAACUUACAGCCUCAGGUAUUGGUACCUACAAGAAUCAAUUACAGAGGACCUCCAAUUAUUAAGGUAGGUGCUGGCGCUGAUUUUUCUGUAAUUCUUGACAUAAAAGGUGGUCUCCAUUCAUUUGGUCUACCUGAAUAUGGUCAAUUAGGCCACAAUACUGAUGGUAAAUACUUCAAAACUAGCACAAAAUUGUGUUUUAAUUAUCAAACGAGUCCUAAAAGAAUUGUCCUUUAUAUUGAGAAAAGUAAAGAUGGACACGUUUCUCCUGUAGAUGUGACCGAAAUUGUGGAUUUUUCUUGUGGACAAAAUCAUACUGUGGCUAUCGAUAGUAAAAAAAGAGCAUUUUCGUGGGGCUUCGGUGGUUUUGGUAGAUUGGGACAUGCUGAACAAAAAGAUGAAAUGGUUCCUCGUCUUAUAAAAUACUUUGAUAGCCAAUCUAGAGGUGUACGUUCAGUGCAUUGUGGCUCGACUUAUUCUCUAGCAGUGACUGAGUACAAUGGACUCUUCAUGUUUGGUCAAACUAAAAAAACUGGUGAGGCAAAUAUGUACCCAAAACCCAUACAAGAUCUUGCUGGAUGGAAUAUCAAACACAUCGGUACUGGACAGACAUCAAUAAUUGUCGCCGCUGAUGAGACAGUUAUAGCUUGGGGAGCAUCUCCUUGUUAUGGUGAAUUAGGAUUGGGAGAUAUGCAGAAAACUAGUACUACACCAAAAGAGGUAAACAAAUUAUCGGGUGUGAAGGUGACGAGUUUAACUAUGGGUCUGUGUUUUACUCUUUUGGUAGCGACCGAUGAAACUCCCGAACAGAAACAAAAAUUGGAAACCCUGAAAGAAUACACACCCUAGAUAUUUAACAAUAAGAGUAACAUCUAAAUUUUAAGCUAUUUCCAUGUAUUUAUGUCACAAAUAAUAUGAAAUUAGAGGAUAUGACAGCUUUCAAUGCACCUUUAGCCUGUUAUUUGAAGUGAGAAAAAAUGCGAUGCAUUAACAGAUUAUUCAAAUGAGUAAAUAACAAAGUUAGUGAUGCCAGAUUAUUAUUUAUAGAAAAUAUUUCUUGUUAUAUUUU